GCUAAUCAAAUUCUUCAUCACCAUACUUCAAAACUCCCCACAUCCAAAAGGCCCACUAUAAUUUUCUUAUUAAUAAAAACUGUACUGCCACAAUCUUUCUCCAUAUACACCUUGUCUCCUACUCUUUCCCUAUAUCACUUCUUCUUCUUCUUCUUCUUUUUCCUCUUCUUGUUCAUAUCUCAGUACUCUGCUCAUGGCUCUCCUUCUUUCUCUUGUUGUUCUUCUAGUUUUCUUUGCAUCUACAAAUGCUGAUUGGCCUCCUCCACCUGGAUAUUGGCCAAGUACUAAGUUUAGGUCUAUGAGUUUUUACAAUGGUUAUAGAAAUCUCUGGGGUCCCCAACAUCAGAGAAUGGAUCAAAACGCAUUGACAAUCUGGCUUGAUAGCUCCUCAGGAAGUGGGUUCAAGUCGGUUCGUCCUUUUCGAUCAGGAUAUUUUGGCGCAUCCAUCAAGCUUCAGCCUGGUUAUACUGCAGGAGUUAUAACAGCCUUCUAUCUUUCAAACAAUGAAGCACAUCCAGGAUUCCAUGAUGAAGUUGACAUUGAAUUUCUAGGAACAACAUUUGGGAAGCCAUAUACUUUACAGACCAAUGUGUAUAUAAGAGGAAGUGGAGAUGGAAAAAUUAUUGGGAGAGAGAUGAAGUUUCAUUUAUGGUUUGAUCCAACUCAAAAUUUCCACCAUUAUGCCAUUCUUUGGAGUCCAAAAGAAAUCAUAUUCUUAGUAGACGAUGUGCCCAUAAGGAGGUACCCUAGAAAAAGUGCAGCAACAUUCCCUUUGAGACCAAUGUGGGUUUAUGGUUCGAUAUGGGAUGCUUCAUCUUGGGCAACUGAAGAUGGAAAAUACAAAGCUGAUUACAGAUACCAACCAUUUGUUGCAAGAUUUACUAAUUUCAAAGCUGGAGGUUGCUCAGCCUAUUCCCCGGCUUGGUGUCGUCCGGUCUCGGCCUCCCCAUUUCGGUCUGGUGGGUUGAGCCGGCAACAACACAGAGCAAUGAGAUGGGUCCAAACCCAUCAUUUGGUCUAUAAUUAUUGCAGGGACCCAAAAAGAGACCAUUCACUAACCCCCGAGUGUUGGAGUUAAAAAAGGACAGGAAGGAAGAGGGUAAAAGUAAAAACUUUGAGAAGCCCAAAUAAAAAAGUUACUCAAAUUUUACUUUUUUCUUUUUAAUUUUUGUGAUAUCUCUUUUGUUUUCAUGUGUUGCAAAUUAGGUGGAGGAUGUCUUGAGAUGUGUCCCAAUUGUUAAAGACACAUAUCUCAUAAAGCAAGGGCAAUUGAGCGUCCAAGGCUCCAAAGAUUGAUGAGAUAAAAUAUUGGGUUUCAAAUACAACAAAAAAAAUAAAAAAAUAAAAGCAAGGAAGAAAUUUAUGUGUUAUUGUUUUUCUUUUUGGAUUUUUUCUUUGAGAAAUUGGGUUAUUUGUAAAUGUUUAUAGGUAAAAACAAAGUUUGUGAUGGGGAGAUCAGUAAAGAUGGAGGUGAUAGGAGUAUCACCUCAAGGGAGUGUUCUUUUCAGAUGUAAUGACAUUUCUAAAUAAAGCAAAAGCUUUUCCUUUCUGUUAUUUUUAUGAA